AUGGCCGGAAUAACCGGCGAUGAUAUUCCUGAAAUUGUGGUUCUCGACGGUGGCUUCUCGACACAACUGUCCUGUCACAUUGGAGCCUCUGGAGAUGGUGAUCCUUUAUGGAGUGCGAGAUUCCUUCAAACGCAUCCUCAGGAAGUAGUUAACACACAUUUAGAUUUUCUACGUGCCGGCGCUGAUGCAAUUAUGACCAAUACUUACCAGGCCUCUGUUGAUGGUUUCGUUAAACAUCUCGGCGUUACACAGCAGGAGGGAGUGGCCCUCAUUCGCCGUGCCGUGGAACUAGCUAAGCGUGCUCGCGAUACUUACUUGGAAGAAUGUCUCAACAAUGGAGUAUCAGCGAAGACCCCUCUAAUAGUGGGGUCUGUGGGACCUUAUGGCGCACAUUUGCAUGAUGGAUCGGAGUACGACGGCAGUUAUGCUGACAGAACUUCAACAGAGGCAAUGCGAGAAUGGCAUGCUCCCCGAAUAAAAGCAUUAAUAGAGUCGGGAAUUGACCUUCUUGCAUUUGAAACUAUUCCGUGCCAGAAAGAAGCAGAAGUCCUAGUUCAGAUGCUCACUGAAUAUCCAAUGACAAAAGCUUGGCUUUCUUUUAGUUGCCAAGAUGCCAUUUCCAUUGCACAUGGAGAAAAUUUCCAGGAGGCCGCUACAAAGUGUUGGGAUAUGAGCUCUGGACAGCUGGUAGCUGUCGGUGUCAAUUGCUGCUCACCUUCAAUAGUCUCACUAUUAUUUAAAGAUAUCAAUGCUGAUCGUCAAGAAGAUCCUAUAACUCUUAUUACUUAUCCCAAUUCUGGUGAAAAAUACAAUCCACAAAUUGGUUGGAUAGACGGGGACCAAUGCGAAUCCAUUGAGACAUUUGUGCAGGAAUGGUUGGACAUAGGUGUGAGGUACAUUGGAGGUUGCUGUAGGACAUACGGAGCUGACAUUUCUCGCAUAAGAAGUCAAGUGUACAAGUGGUUAGAUCAUAAAAAGUAUGGAGACAAUUGA